AUGGCUGCCGCUGCUACCUUUGUGUUUCUACUACUCCUCUCUGCACUUUACGCUUCUGCAGUAAUAGCAGCUCAACAAAUUAGAUCAUCCAACAUUAGCUUAGGCUCCUCUCUUUCUCCUUCUUCCACCAAUUCUUCAUGGCUUUCUCCUUCUGGUCGAUUUGCUUUUGGAUUCUAUCCACAAGGAAAUGGGUUUGCCAUUGGAAUUUGGUUUGCCCAAAUACCUCAACAUACUGUGGUAUGGACAUCAAACCGAGACGAUCCACCUUUGUCUAGCAACGUUACUUUGAACCUUACUAGUGAUGGUAGCUUGGUGUUGCAAGUCACACAACAAGACCAACCAAAAUCUAUUGCAGACGAUUCUCAGUCAGCUUCUUGGGCUUCCAUGCUUGACACCGGCAAUUUCGUUCUAUAUAAUUCAACCGCAAUGAUCUUUUGGCAAAGUUUUGAUCAGGUCCCAACCGACACCAUUCUUCCAGGUCAACAACUACACGCAGGGCAGGAGUUGAUCUCUGGUUUAUCAGAAACCGACCACUCCACUGGAAAUUUUAGGCUCAAGAUGCAGUAUGAUGGCAACAUUGUUCAAUAUCCCAUUAACACUCAAGAUGCACCCCAGAAUGCUUAUUGGGGAUCAACUACCAAUGUACAAGACAACCUUACAUUAAAUCUUGAUGCUGAUGGAGGAUACUUGUAUUUUCUCACUAGCAAUGGUUCCACUCGAUGGAAUGAAUCUUCCAGAGGAAAUACUCCCAUCAACAAAAACGGUUUUUACCGCAUGACGAUCGAUAUUGAUGGGAUCUUUAGAGUCUAUUCUCUUAAUGUGGAUCAGAGGAAGAGUAGCUGGUCCAUCAACUGGGAAUCAUCGAAAGAUAAGUGCGAACCCAAGGGCAUUUGCGGCGUGAACUCAUUUUGUACUAUCAGGGAUCAGGGGACUAUAUGCAACUGUAUUCCUAGUUUCAACUUCAUUGAUGAGAGUCGCCAAAGUUUGGGUUGCCAGCCAAAGUUUGAAGUUGAUCAGGGUUGCGGAAAUGAAACACAGAACAGCAACUCUAUGUAUACGUUGGAGAACGCUUCUUGGGAAGAUGGUCAAUAUUCAGUUUUAUCAUCUCUAAUUGAAGAAGAAUGCAAAAAUGCUUGCUUGGCUGACACUAACUGUGAAGCUGCAACGUUUAAAGGCCAGGAAUGCAUUAAACAGAAGUUCCCAUUGAGAUACAGAAGAAGAAUAAUGGAUGAAUCUACCACCACCAUCUUAACUUUUGUUAAAGUUAGGACUCAGAUGAGUUGUAGCCCCACCCCUCCAAGUGAUCAUGGGGCGGUAACAAAAGAAAGCAAGGGAGGAGCAAAUGAAGGUAUCUUAAUUACCAGUCUUUCAUUUAAUGCUUGUGCGUUUAUGGUAUUUUUUGGUUUUCUUGUUCAUCGGUAUCAUGUUAGGGCAUAUACAAAGAUCCCAGAACAUCCAAACAUAGGAUUAGUUGAGGAGAUCGGACUUCGAUCAUUUACAUUUGAUGAGCUUGAGAAAGUUACAAAAGGUUUCAAAGAAGUGGUGGGUAAAGGAGCUUUCAGCACAGUUUUUAAAGGAACCUUGCCAAAUGACGAGAGGAUCGUAGCUGUCAAGAGACUAGAUAAAUUGUUUGAAGAAAGUGAGAGAGAAUUUCAGACUGAGAUAAGAGUAAUUGCAAAAACCCAUCACAGAAACCUAGUAAAAUUGAUUGGUUAUUGUUGUGAUGGUCCAAAUAGGCUUCUGGUGUAUGAGUACAUGAGCAAUGGAACACUUGCAGACUUCCUCUUCAAUUCGGAAAGAACACUAUGUUGGCAUGAAAGGGUGAAUAUUGCUCUCAACAUAGCUAGAGGAAUCCUCUACCUACAUGAAGAGUGUGACAACCAGAUCAUCCACUGUGACAUAAAGCCUCAAAACAUCCUCAUGGAUGAAUACGGAUGUCCAAAGAUUGCUGAUUUUGGAUUGUCAAAGCUGUUAAAGAUGGACCAAACUAAGACUCAGACUGGGAUCAGAGGGACAAGAGGGUAUGUUGCACCUGAGUGGUGGCACCGGAAUUUGCGGGUAACAGUGAAAGCAGAUGUUUACAGUUAUGGGAUCGUGUUUUUGGAGAUAAUAUGCCGUAGAAGGGGAAUCGAUGUGAAUGUUCCAGAGGAAGAAACCGUCCUCACAAAUUGGGUCUACGACUGUUUUGAGACUAAUGAGCUUGGUAAGCUGUUGGUUGACGAAGAUGUGGAAGAAAAAGGAUUAGAUAGGAUGAUUAGGGUGGCAAUUUGGUGUCUCCAAGAUGAUCCCUCGCUUCGACCCUCCAUGAAGAAGGUGGUCUUGAUGUUAGAAGGGACCAUAGAUGUUCCGAUUCCUCCUAGUCCCACUUAUUUCCUCAAUGCAAUGUAACUGAUUCAGAUUUCGUGAUAUCUUAUUGAAGCCUAGUUUGUCACCUAUUAUAUUCUAUAUACGCUAUUUGUUUUGUGA